UAUUUUUUUCCUUUGAGUAUUUCCACAGCAUCUGCAUACCUAAAAGUCAUGAUGAGCUUCAGGGCCCCACCAACACUCCAGCAGCUGGCAAGAAGAAGCCUGCUGAAAGAUGAAGCCUUGGCUAUCUCUGCUCUGGAGGACCUGCCCUUGCAUUUCUUCCCACCACUCUUCAAGGAUGCAUUUACCAGCAAACAACCUAACAUCCUGAGGCAGAUGGUGGCAGCAUGGCCCUUCCCCUGCCUUCCUUUAAGAGCCCUGAUGGAGACACCUCACCUGGAGUCCUUGAAGGCGGUGCUAGAUGGCCUUGAUUUGCUGAUGGCUCAAAAGGAUCGACCCAGGAGGUGCAAACUACAAGUGCUUGAUUUACGAAAUGCCCACCACAACUUCUGGAAAGGUUGGGCUGGAAGACAGAAUAUGGCCUGCUCUACAGAUGUCAUUGGCAACAACCAAGCUGUGGGAAAUCAUCCCAUCCUAGGUGGGAAACAGGCCAUGACUGUAUUGAUGGAUCAUUUCCUCAUGUACCACCAUCCAUCUAAAUAUCUAAAAUAUUUUUAUCGAUGGGCCAAGCAGAGGAAAGAUGUGAUACAUGUGAUCUGUCAGAAGUUAGAGUUUUGGGACUUUCCAGCCUAUGACCCACUGGAUGUUUUGGAGGUUUUUGACACAGGCUCAAUACAGGAAUUGGAAAUAAACACAUGCUGGGACAUUCACACACUUUCAUUGCUAGCCCCUGGCCUGGGCCAGAUGAAAAACCUCCAGAAACUCAUUUUCCAGAAAAUUUAUCAACCUUUGCAUUUGCCUCUGGACCAAGAGAUGGAAGCCUGCUGUUUUACAGAGAUCUUUUCCCAGUUCUCCAAACUGAAUAAGCUCCAACAUGUCUAUUUGAAUGAUGUCUACUUCCUGGAUGGUCGCCUGGUCCAAGUGCUCAGGUUCUUGGAAAGUCCAUUAGAGACCCUUGCUAUCACUCACUGCUUGCUGUCACAAUCAGAUAUGAACUAUCUGUCCCAGUGUCCAUGCAUCCAGAAGCUCAAACACCUGGACCUGAGUGGUGUCACCUUUGUACAUUUAAAUGAUGCAUUUCUAGGAAGCCUGCUACAAAGACUGAAAGCGACUUUGCAGACAUUAAAAUUGAAGGGCUGUAUGAUCAUGGACUCGCAAAUCAGUGCCCUCCUGCCUGCGCUGAGCCAGUGUUCCCAGGUCACUGAAGUCAAUUUUGUGAAGAAUGUCUUGUCACUGGGCAGCCUGAGGAAACUGCUGCAGCAUACUGCCAACCUCACACAGCUGACCCUGGAGAAGUACCCUGCCCCUGAUGAAGUCUAUGAUUACACUGGUGAUAUUAUUCCAGACAGAUUUGUACAGCUUUGUUCCGAGCUUAUGGACACACUCAAAAGUAUAAGACAGCCAAAACAGGUCUACUUUGAGAGUGAGAGAUGUUUCUAUUGUAAGAAAUUCUUUAUCUAUAAUUUGGAGGCCAGGCUAUGUUCUUGUUGGGGAUAUACAAAUUAG